AUGUUUGAGGCUAUGAGACUGUCGACACAUGUUCUGAGUAGCCCGUGCACAAUCACGAGUUCAGAGAUGUCCGAUGUGGGCACUUGCACGCUCUGCGACAGUUCUACGCCCUCAACCUGUCAGAUACAUCCGAUCACCACUGCGCGGCUUUCGGUAAACUUCAAGCACCGCCACCUGGACGAGAACAUCACAGGUUCAGUAUGGUGCGCAGAUCCAGAUACGAGUCGUGUAGACGUGUAG